GUACAGAGCCCUGCGGGACUCCACUAACAACACUGGUCCAAUUAGAAAAUGUUCCAAUUAUUUCCAUAAUAUCUAAAUUCGUUCUCUUAUGAUUUCAGCUUCAAACAAUCUCUACAAAACAUAAAACAAAAAACAAUGAAUUAUUUCAAGAAACAACAGAUUGAUGAUAUAGAUAUUGAGAAAAACAAGACUGAUCAAGAAGAACAAGAAGAACAAGAAGAAAAGAUGGAAGAACAAGAUUCCAAUAGAUCCGUCUUUCGCCGUUCCGUGUCAAUCAUCGUAAUUCUCGGUUUGCUUGUGGUGGUUAAUACCUUCACCGAUGUGGUUUUUGAGGGUUCGUUAAACGGGAUGAAAGAAGAACAUGAACACUUUGAAGAGCAGCCUUGGAUUAUAAGGAAAAGUAAUGAAUCUUAUUUGCACUGUUUGUAUUCUUUGUAUAUCAUCUAUAAAGCUGUCAUCUCUCAUUACCUACCAUAAUAUGUCCCUUUAUUUUGUGGGUUGCCCACUGUUGAGUAAAUCAGUACUGGAUUACAAACUGCUCUCUUAUAAUAUACCUUCUAUUGUUGAAUGUUUCUAACACUUUGCCUCACAAUCGAAUCUUUUUAUCUUAACAGUAUGUCCCGUCGCUGGAAUAGUAAUUGCGUCGUUGUUCGGCUUGUUAUGGGGCAAAUACAGUAGUUCACAAAUACUUGUUGGAGCUGUUGCGACACGGAUAAUAUUCUCCAUUGCCAGUUUAUUCAUUCCAAAUAAGGGAUUUUGGAUCUUAGUCAUCUUUAAAAGUGUAACGAGCUCAAUAAGAGGCGGCUAUAUGACGAAUGCACCCCUGAUCACCGCUGACCUUUUCUACAGAGAAACUCGAAUGAAACUACAGUGCAUCAUUUGUAUUCUUUAUUCUAUGGGAUGUGUCCUGGGGAGCAUUUAUGGACAAAAUAUGAUCACAUUUUUGAAUCCCAAUUGGCGCCACAUACUGCUGCUGGAUGCCGGAAUUUCCAUCGUUGCUCUGCUACUAAUAUUGUGUAUACGGUCCAGGAGUCCAAAAAUAUGCGGCUUGGUGAUCAAUCCUAAAAAAUACCCGAAGAAAAGAAGCAUCAUGUCAAAUAUAUUGGCUUUGAUUGUAAACCGCAGCUUGAUUUGCUCCGUCACCGGUUAUGCAGCUGCUUCUUGUGUUAGCACAGGCAUAUUUAUGUGGGCCUUCUCCAUAAUGAAGAGAGUACACAAUGUGAACAAGCCGUGUAACUCAUUUAUCUGCACUUUGGAUUACAACGUGCAAUAUGAAUUGCUCAACUGUGUGUCCACCAUCGUGGGAACUACAUUGGGCACAGUGAUCAGCCACUUUUUCAAAAAGACGAAUCUAAAAGCACAUCCGAACCUGUGCCUCAUAGGACUUUUCCUCGCUGCUCCCCUUCUCUGCGGGGGUAUUAUUUCCAUCAAGAGAGAUCUCUUCACAGCCCAAAUUCUCUUCCUUUUAAGUGGGAUUUUCUUGUCUCUGAACGAGAUCUCGACAAAUGAAAUUAUUAUGACAACAGUGAUUCCAACCAGCUACAGUUGGGCAUAUUCCGUAAAGUCAGUUGGAAAAUCAGCUGCAAAUAAUGGGGUUCCAGUAAUUUUCAAUAAGAUCUUUGUAAAAGUGAUAAAAGUCAACCAACAUUCUGAACUGUUCCAGAAUAGUAUGGAGUAUGUGAUCUUGAUUUGCCCAUUCAUGGCUUUGAUCGGCGCUGGCCUGUUUACAAUGACAACUAAAUAUAUUGAGGAUGAUGAGAAGGCAGUUCAGCAAUAUUUAAACCCACCAGACCUGGCGGAAGUUCUUGAAUCUUCAGACUGAAUGGCAUAUUACUUCCAUAGCCCAGGGGAAUGCUCUACUGUUUUAAAACAAAGACUCACAAGAAAAUGCCUUUUUUACAAAUCUUUAUUUUGUAUAUAUUUUUGUUAUAUAUUUGUUAUAGAAUAUACUGUAUAUUGUAUAUAUCUUUGUAUAUAAAUGUUUGUCAUGUAUAUUUUUAUAAUAAAAAUGAAUUUAACAUAAAUAUAUUGUCCCAUGUAUUAUUAUUGCAUUAUAUAACCUUCGAUGUAAAUGACAUUGGUUCAUUUUAGACAAG